UCUUCCGUCCGGACGCGGGGCGGCGAGCGGCCGGCGUGCUCCGAGCGCCCGGAGCGAAGCGCUGCCUGGCGGCCCUAGGCGGCCCCGGCCCCGGCCCGCGCGCGCCCCCGCCUAGCGAGCGAGCUGACGAGCGAAGAUGGUGGGCCGCAACAGUGCCAUCGCCGCGGGCGUGUGCGGCGCCCUCUUCAUCGGCUACUGCAUCUACUUCGACCGCAAAAGGCGGAGCGACCCCAACUUCAAGAACAGGCUGCGAGAACGAAGAAAGAAACAGAAGCUUGCUAAGGAGAGAGCUGGGAUUUCAAAGUUACCUGACUUAAAGGAUGCUGAAGCUGUUCAGAAGUUCUUCCUUGAGGAGAUACAGCUUGGUGAAGAGUUAUUAGCACAAGGUGACUACGAGAACGGUGUAGACCACCUGACAAAUGCGAUUGCUGUGUGUGGGCAGCCUCAGCAGCUGCUGCAAGUGUUACAGCAGACUCUCCCACCACCAGUGUUCCAGAUGCUUCUGACCAAGCUUCCAACCAUUAGUCAGAGAAUUGUAAGUGCUCAGAGCUUGGCUGAAGAUGAUGUGGAAUGAGCCAGAUAUCAACACUAUAAAAUCUGUUAAAAAUGAUUUAACCAUUAGCUUGGAAGCUGCUCGGCUCUGGGGGAAUAAGGGCAAAUGUGCUUGUCAUGAACUGUCCUACACUGAAGUCUACGAAAGUGAAUGUGUCCUUUGAGUAGA